CGUUAUCAAGUGGUUCAACGAGACGCGAGAGAUACCCAACCCAACGACCUAUACGCAAGUGAAAGCUAUUUUGCGUUAAACGGGAGUGCGCGCAGCUAUCAUUGAGAUGACACAAAUAAUUUCUCUGGAGUGUAAUGACGUUCGCUUCCCAACAUCGCUCAAAGCGCAUGGAUCUGAUGCUAUGCACACUGAUCCAGAUUACUCUUGCGCUUACGUGACGGUCCGAACUGCCGGCGGGCACCAAGGUUACGGACUCACAUUCACCAUUGGGCGAGGAACAGAAAUUGUUGUCCAAGCUGUGAAGUCUCUGUCAUUUCUGGUCUUGAAAAAGAGAGCAUAUGAGGACAUUUUCAGGAAAUUUGGAGAGUUUUGGCGCGAGUUAACAAGCGAAUCUCAGCUCCGAUGGUUGGGCCCCGAAAAAGGCGUGAUGCACUUGGCUGCGGCUGCCAUUGUCAAUGCCCUUUGGGACUUGUGGGCCCGGAUGGAGAAAAAACCUCUCUGGAAGCUGCUGGUCGACCUGAGCACAGAGGAGUUACUCUCUUGUAUCGACCUCAGAUAUACGUCCAAUGUAAUGACAAGGAACGAUGCUUUUAAAAUUCUAAUGGAACUAAACCCCGGCAAAGAGGAGCGAGAGGCAGAGAUGAGGCAGAGCGGCUACCCUGCUUACACCACUCAAGCAGGCUGGCUGGGUUACUCGCCUGAGAAAGUGAGGCAGCAGUGCGAGGAUCUGAUGCAGAGAGGCUUCACUGCGUUCAAAAUAAAAGUUGGCCAGGACCUGCAGAGCGACAUAGAACGAUGCAAAAUGGUCCGCGAAAUCAUUGGCGAUGACAAAAUACUGAUGGUGGAUGCAAACCAACGGUGGGAGGUGCAGGAGGCCAUCGACUGGAUGAAGCCUUUGGCUCCAUUUAAACCCCUGUGGAUUGAAGAACCAACAUCCCCUGACGAUAUUUUGGGCCAUGCCGAAAUCGCUGAAGCCCUGGAACCCCUAGGAAUCGGAGUGGCCACUGGGGAAAUGUGUUGCAACAGAGUCAUGUUCAAACAAUUUCUGCAGGCAAAGGCAAUGAAAUAUUGCCAGAUCGAUUCAUGCCGAGUCGGAGGCGUCAAUGAAAUUUUAGCCAUCCUUUUGAUGGCAAAGCAUUGCAAUGUUAAGGUUUGCCCACAUGCUGGAGGAGUUGGCUUAUGUGAAAUGGUGCAGCACCUGCAGAUUUUCGACUACAUUUCAAUUUCAGGGGAAAAAGAAGGCCGGUUUAUUGAGCACGUCGCUGAGGAGCAUGAGCACUUUGUGAACCCCUGCAUUUUAAAUGAAACUGCCUGCUACAUCGCCCCACUGGCGCCAGGGUACAGCACUCAAUUCAAAACUUCAGUUUUGGAGCAAUACGCGUUCCCCUACGGAACAGAAUGGAAAAGGCUGAUUGCCAAUGGCUACUUCAAAAAUUAGAAACGAUAUUGAUAUGUUAAGGAAAAACUGAAUGGCUCUACUCUAUGUGGAAAAGUGACUCUGGACGGUUAGCUAAUAGGGAAAUUCUAUGAGGGGAAAUUAAGUAACACGUUCAGCUGUACAAGAAUUAUUUACACUUCCUCAUAUAAAUUUCACUAUUAGCUAUAACCGGCCAGAACUAACUUUCCACACAGAGUAAAGCCAUUCAGUUUUUCUUAAUUUAAAGAUUGAACCUAUGUAUUUCUUUCUUUGUUUUCUUAAAAGAUUG